AUGUCUCCUCCCACGCUCGCGUUUCUCAAGGUGGACGCCAGGCGUCCUCUGGACGACGCGUCGGAAACGCUCGACGACCAAAACUCAAAGGGUUUCGUCAAGCUCGCGGCGACGAUCGAUCCCAAAUUCACGGGCGCGCACGUCGCAUAUGACGUCAUGAUCGCGUCCAAGGCGACGCACGUGAACGUCAUGGCGAGCACGCUCGUUCCUGGGUGUAAGAUCUCAAUCGACGGCGUCACGGGGAACAUGGCGACGCGACCGGCGAGCGGACCCGUGUCAAUCGUCGUCGAGUCCUCGAGCGGAGAGAUGACGACUUACACGCUCACGGUGAAAGUAUCGAGCGAAAUGUCGAACGAGGGCGAGGUGGUGAUGAAGGAGAAGCCGAAGGUUGAGAAUGCGGAACCUGAGCAUCACGGGCAUUCGCACGACGGCGUCCCGUGCGACGGAACGCACCACUCGCACGGACACUCGCACGAUGAUAAAAAGGCCAAGUGUGAGCAUAGUCACGGCGAUGGCGAGGAGUGUCAUGGUCACGGGCACGAAGAGAAACAUUCCCACGGACACGGGCACGAGGAAAAGCAUUCCCACGGGCACGGGCACGAAGAGAAACAUUCCCACGGACACGGACACGAAGAGAAACAUUCCCACGGACACGGGCACGAAGAGAAACAUUCCCACGGACACGGACACGAAGAGAAACAUUCCCACGGACACGGGCACUAG